GCACAGUUACCGUUCUUUCUAGGCGUAGGCGCUUAUCCAUUGUUGCGACCCACGGAACUAUUUAUCGAAUUCUGCGAUUUUGCGCGACUAAUCAUAUACAUUGGAACUUUCUUGAAGGAGCCCGAUCUUUACUACACAUGUCUCUUUUCACCACCCUGCCCUCUGAGCUUUAUUCCGACAUUCUCUCCCACGUUCCCAAGCCGUCCCUCCAGAAGACUGUCUUGUCACUGUCUCGCGCCAUCCCUUAUUCACCCGUGCCCCUUCACGAUAUUUUCAGAUGCAUCAGGCUCUCCCAUCCUGAUCAAGUUUUUCAGUUGUACCGUCGUCUGCGCACAACCACCGCCAAUGAUGCCAACUCCGCCUGCAUAAAUAUUGAUCCUGCCGCGUCAUGGGUUCGUAGCUUCUUGCUGGAAACCUGGGCUGCCGAUGCAAACGUUGUCAUCAAUCUUGUCGGCCUACUGACAGAGAUCAGGAAACUGACUCUAUGGGUCGGCCCUAUGAAUUUCACCCCGGAAAAUCUGGAAGAGCUGAUCACAAAGCUGAAAAGGGAUAUGAAGCAGCUCAGGGUGCUUGAGCUCCGAUUCAGACCCUAUGUGCAAAAGGCUACGUACCUUCCGUUCUUAAAGGGCUCAUAUUUCGAUAGCACGCUCUUGGCUCUUGCUUACUGGCCUCAUACAAUUCUCCGAUCCCUUUCCAUCGUGCAAGAUCCUCUGGAUCUGACUCAACUGCAGGUUGCGCCGGGAAAGUCAUUUGCUCAACCAAUCGUCUUCUUUCGUCUCGACCAUACUUUCUCUUCGCUUCUUCUCUGCCCUCACAUUGGCGCUUUGCGUUUCUGUCUUCCUUCACGGGCAUUGAUUCGCGCGUUCACAAACAGCUCACCACGCACCUAUUCUCAUAUUCGCAUCCUUGACUUGUCUACGACCAGCACCUAUGACGCAGACAUCGAUACGAUAAUUACUAGAUUUUCAAAGCUAGAACAUCUUGUAUUGGAUGGAUGCUCUUCACUUCACGAUGCCCUAGGUGGCCCAACCUUAGAAGGCACUGGCUUGCGUGAAGAGUGGUACGCCCUUGGUAAACGAUGCGCUCUUGGGGGCGCACGACGUGCCAAAGAGCGGGAGAAAUUGGUUAAGCAAUGGCUGGAAACCAGUCGGGAACAUGAACAUGAACAGGAAGCCGUAGCCGAGUCAAGCACAAAGAAACCAAGAAAAGGUAGAAAAGGGUUAGCCACGGCCACCAUAUCUCUGCGAUCGGCAUCACUACCUCCGUCUCAAGUCGCAGGACCUCCAAAAUUAUCACCGUCAAUUAAUCUCCCUCAAAGAGUUCGCAUAGUUCCGCCUGGGCCGACACUUAAAUCGCUCUCAAUUGCUCUCCCCAAUACACCGAUAAACCUCCAUGCUGAUAUUCUCUCCGCCUUUGAGCGUGGCUGGAAAGAUGGUCUUGCUCAGCUUACAACUGCAAGGCGAACAAUCCUACAAGCAUGGGUGCGAAGGAACACAGGCACUAACAGCGAUAAGAUCACUACCAAAGUUGUCAAGUUCGAUGACGACGAGGACGAAUGGAAUAGAUUAAACGGGUUAGAUGAUGUAGAGGUGGAUGAUUUAGAGGACGAGGAUCGAUUUGUGGAGGAAUGCGGGGUUCCGGGGUUGUGCUUGCUUGGUCCCGGCUCGGCAGAUGAUAGUCACCAGACGGAAUGCGGACAUCAAAUGUCGAUUUUGGCAGAACUUGCUCGUUUGUCUUAGAUUCAUUCAGACCCGCUAUGAAGCGCUUUAGCUUUCAACUAUUUUCUUACAAGGAUUUCAGCUUGGCCUCUAGCAAUCCGUAUUUUACCGUUUGACAGUAUUACCGCGCGUCAUAAUUGAAGCCUGACCCGACGUUUAUAGCCGGCCUCCGCUGGAAAUUUCCAGAAGUGAGUCGCGCUAAGAAUAAUGCAAUUUCACCAAUAUUUCUGACAUGAG